UACCUCUCCCCAACUUACUCUCUUUACAUACAAAAUUCACAACCCUUCUCUUUCUCUCCAUCUCCACAUCUUCUCUUCCCAACAAUGUCUGACAGAGUGUUCCCUUCUUCGAAACCCGCCACUAAUGGCACCGCCGCGCCUGCCACCAAGCCACCUCUUCGCCCUCCUUACCGACCCCAACCCCACCACCGACGUCACCGUACUCGCCGCAAUUACUGUUGUUGUUGCUGUUUUUGGACUGUUCUCAUCCUCCUCAUUCUCGCUUUUAUUGUGGUAAUUGCUGGCACUGCUCUUUACGUCCUCUACCGCCCUCAACGCCCCGCUUUCUCCAUCCCUUCACUUCGAAUCCACCGACUCAACCUCACCACCAACUCCGACUCCUCCUCUAAUCACCUCUCUGCUCUCUUCAACUUCACUGUCACUUCCAAAAACCCCAACUCCCAUCUCACUUACUCGUAUCAACCAUUUGACAUCUCUAUUUUCUCAUCCAACGACGUCUUCUUGGGUAACGGCACUUUACCGGCUUUCACCUCCCCGACUAAAAACCAAACUGUUUUCAAAAACGUCAUCGUUUCCGGCUCCAAUGAGCUUGAUACGGAUUCUGUAACUUCACUGAAAUCGGAUCUGAAGAAGAAAAGCGGGGUUCCUCUGAAAAUUGUCCUGGAUACUAAAGUGAAAGUGAAAGCGGGGAACCUGAACAGCAAGAAGAUUGGAAUCAGAGUUACGUGUGAAGAGUUCAAAGCGGUGGUGCCGAAAGGUAAGUCACCGUCGGUGGCUACUACUGAUAAAUCUAAGUGUAAGGUCGAUCUUCGGAUCAAGAUCUGGAAAUGGACUUUCUAAUCUAGUUAAAUUUUUUUUUUUAAUUAUCUCUGUUUGGUGGGUUUUUUGAGGAAAAAUUAUAUAAAUAUAAACAUAUUCUGUUCUUCAAUUGCUGAAGUGUUUAAAGAAAUGGUAGCAGAGAAGAGAAAGUUGUUAAAUUUAUA